GCCAGUUGAGAAAGGCAGGAGGCGAGCCCCUCCGGUUGCGCGUCAGCAUCCCCUCAAAUAGCAAUCCGCUGCUGUCACUUGUGCUCCACAUACACAGACGGACGACUACAACCCCGAAAUAAUAAUCAGAGGCGAUUUCAUCCGGCACGCUGCUCCUUUUUUUUUUUUUUUUUUUUCUUCAUGUGAUGUCAAAGAAGAAGAGUAAGGUGAGGCUGUGAGGAGGCUGCAGCUUCUGCAAAGAAUGAUAGUGAGGACCAAGGCGCGCUGUCCCGGGAGAACUCAUCUGAAGAGCUGGCCCUGAGGGACCGGGAUGCUCCUCUAACGCACCUGGGGGCUUGUGUUUCUGUGCAGACGGUCUGCGUGGCGGAGUUUGAGCUCGUGUGGCAGUGAGUGAGUGAGCGAGAGGGAGCGGGUGUCAUGGAUCUCGGUCAAGGGGCAGAUGUCGACCCUACCUACCAAAACCUGCUGCUCUUGGGCGCCAUCGCAGCAGCAUCCGCCUUCGUGGUCACCAUCCUGAUCGUCCUCGUCUGUGUUGGCUGCCAAAGAAAAAGCAAGAGCAAGCACCCCCCAGCCGGAGAGAAAGGGACAUCUGUAAAUAUGCAGGGCACCCUUCGACAUCCAAAACUGAACUCCAUGAGCAAAUCUGACACCAGGCUGCAUGAGAUCAAUCGCUUUCCCUGCAAUGGAAACUCUGUUAGCAAAAGCCGCCCAGCCAGCAUGGACCUCCUGCUUCUCCACAGUCGACGCUCCCAGACAGACCUGAGGCCCUCCCAUGGGCGCCAGCUUCCCCAGAUCCCAACCAGUCCCCAGGGGUCUGGCCAGGGGGGAGGAGGGGAGUCAGCAGGUGAUGGGGGAGGAGGAGGAGGAGGAGGUGGAGGAGGAGGAGGGGAGGCUAGAGACCACACCUACACUGAGGUGGGCAUACGGAACAACCCUACACCCACCCACCUCCUGGAUGACGGCCUGUAUGAAAGUGUAGGUGUCCGGGAAGGUGACACAGGCCCUAAGGUUCCCUCUGCCCCGCCAUCCACAUCCUGCAACAGCACCCCGGCUUCAGUCAGAGCUGCCCAAAGCCCCCCAGCUCAGGCCAACGGCGCUCGCAAUGGGAAUGGGCAUGGGAAUGGUGGCAGAGGGAACGGCAGAGGCAAUGGAACCAUAAAUGGGCCGAUGACGGGAAGAACCAACGGUGUGAGUGGGGUCAACAGGUCCCCUAUGUCUUCGGUGAACUCUCUGACCAGCCACGAUACGACUGUAGCUGAGUACGCCUCCAUACGGAAGUUCAGAAAGGUUGAGAAGACAAACAGGAAGGAGAAUAACGGGGCCGACAGCCAGUCAGACAGCCAAUCGAGCGUGAGUGAUUCCCCCUCUGCUGGUCCUCCUCCGCUACACCGCAGUCAGGAGUUUCCACGGAAACCUCUGGAGCCGUUUCACCUUCACUCCUUCCCGAAGGAGGCAGUGUUCAUGGGCAACGGGGAGCAGUAUAUCUGGAAGCCUCCAGAGGAAGAUGACAUCAUCACCCUGCACCCACCUCCGCUUCGGGGAGAGAACGGACAGGGGCACCCUUCACCCCCAACUGCAAAAGAGAUUGCAGACACCUACUCCAUCGUGUGUAAAUCGCAGAAGAAAAAACCUCCAAUGGAAAACAAUGGAGCAAAGACCCUCCCCCGCUCCUUUGGUGGAGGUUCCCGUGGCCGAGGCCGAGGAGUCCAGAGCCAGGCGCGGUCCCAGGAGGAGCCCUGCUAUGAGCCCGUAGGAGACAGGUCCUGGUCCACAUGUGCGGUGGCUGAGUCUGACCCUGCAUACUCAACAAUCGACCCCCACCGGAAACGUGAGCAGGUGGGAACCAAUAACAGCACAACUGGGGGUAAUGCCACACUGAAGAGGAAGAAGCAGACACCGCCGCAGCCACCGCCACAGAAGCAGCAGCAGCAGCAGCAGCAGCAGCAGCGGCACCAGCGGCACCUCAGGGCUCAGGACCCCCAGCCCCGCCUGAAAGGCCUGCCCGGUGGGGAAAACUUCUAUGAGACCAUCAGCGACAUGAAACAAGGGGCCAACAGCUCCAGCACCACCACCAUAUUCACCUUCAAUGACGGGAUGGAGAUGUACGUCACUGGCCUGUAGCUGGCUCAGAGGGCCAACUGGUACAGAAUCAUGAAAGGGACCCUCCUGUUAACAAGCCAACAGGGUGCUGUACAUAAUUACCAGACCCUCCAUAGACAAACAACAUGGAGAUCCACUUUGUGAUGACAUCAGGUACUAACAGGGUCUUAAUCCAGGUUCAGACUUCAAUUCAUUGGUCUGUACUUCAGAACCAGCCUAAGUCUAGUCCAGCCCAAAUUUGGACCAAGUAUCUUUGAAAUUAAAAAAGAAGAAAACUGGAAUAAGCAGUGCAACCUACUGUGUCACUGACAAUACUCACCUGUUUGUGCAUCAUUUUCCACAAUAUCUUUAUUUUUAUAUGAACACUGUACUCUUUGUAGAGUAUGUGGUGUAACUCACAAUCUUUCAUAUAUAUUUAAAAGAUGAAAUGUGCAUGCAUUGUGCUAACAUACACCUGAAAAAAAAACUGAAGUAGCAAGGAUCCUGGGUAUGUGAAGAGUGUGAGGCACACAGCUUUUGUCACCCAUAUACACACACACACACACAUUCGCACACACACUCACACAUAUAUGCCUCAUCUUUGGGGUACUUAUGUAAUAUUAGCAGAUGGAUGUCACAGAGAUUUGCGGUGCUUAGCUUUCCCUAGGCAAACAUCUGAAACAGGUUCUCUGUGCGCACUCGCCUGUUGCCUGGCAGGCUGCAUUGUGGUGCUUUGUUCAAACAUUGGGCCGAGAAUAUGUAGGUCUGCUUAAACUCAGAAGUAAUCAGAGGCUAAAGUUCCUAUUUCAGAAAUAAUCAUCAAUGUGCACCAAACUUAUUAGCAGUUAUCAAUAUCAGCCCUAAUGAAGACCUAGGUUAGAUCAAUGUUCUAAACUUCUCAUAAAUUGAGAUUAGUUAACAAUCCUUGUUCAGAUUUGACAAACAUCUGUAGCCAGAGGCAUGAUGACACACCCCAGCACUCCCACACACACACACACACACACAUACUUAGAAGAGUCAUGCAGGGAAAAGCGACCAGGUCAGGGGCAGUGAGUGGGUUGUGCAAGAAUAUCACAGAGUGAUGCCGGUGAGAGAUUUCACAAUGUGAGACCUUUAGUUUAUUACGAUAUAAGAAAAUUAAUAUAAAUAUAUAAAUGAGAGAACAAUAUUUAAAAAAAAAUUAAGGAAGUGAAAGAGCAUCUGGAGGCGUCAUCCUGUGUUUUUAAUAUUCCAUGUCCUAUGGGUGCUGCAAACAUCUGGUGAAAUGACCAUUAGAAUUUGCACUGUACAGCUGCAGGACCUGUUUAAUUGUGCAUUAAUAUGCUAUAAAGGGCAAUCCCCAGCACACUUCUGAUUUGCUCUCUGGUCUCAAGUAAAAGCCAGAGCUCCCUGUAGCUCACCAGACUUAAGUCUGGUGGUUGAAAUAGCAGCACAAGGUUUUGGCGCUAAAGAAAAUAAAGAGUCGGACAUGUAAAUUACAAGCCAGUGUCCUUUGGAAGUUUGCCCCUCGCCUUUCCCCAUCCUCAUCCCCAGCCUCUCUUCCAUAAUAAACAAUGGCUAUCCCGUUUAGCUUAUGGAAACAUAAAAAAAGAACAGAGGAAGGAAACAAAUAAUUAGAGGUUUGGUAAAUGGGUACAAAGAAAAGAGGGGGAGAGGGAUGCACACUGCUCAUAGGCUAAGAGAUGCAUCAUAAUGAUCUCACUGUGAGACAACCAUGCAAGGAGAAGACGGGUUUAGAAAAGUAAGAAAAAUAAAUCAAUAAAUGCUACUGUGUCAUGAAGUAUGUAAAAACAAAAUGCACUCUGUAUUUUAAUGCACUGUUUAUUUUUUUCUUACCUACUGACAAUACCAUUGGUUGAAUAGCUCAUGCCACUGCCAUGAAAACAAUAUGUUUCUGUUGUUGGUGCAAUCUUUUCUUGCUUGAUCAAAAAAAGUGCAUGCUUUGAUAUAUGGAGAUGAAAACAGAUAUUGUGGUACUUAAUUGAUCUCUUGUCUGUUAAUAUUUUCAGUCUUGCUUUUUUCUUUUUCUUUUUUUUUUUACAUGUGAUGCAAAAAGCAGCAUUCAGUUUUGUUUUCAGAGCUUCAACUUGGAGAAGGAAGUGGGAGAAUAGAACAUUUUGAGGGAAGCCACUGGGAGUUUAGGACAGAGCUUUGUUUAUCCUCCGCUCUGGGGGGAGUAAAAAGGAGGGAUAGAGGUGAGGAGGGGGAAGAAGAACAGCUAGAAUAAAGCUGGAUGAAGAUCACUGCAAAUGGUCAAAGACUCCAAGGACCCUCCUCCUUCCAAUUCAUGUUUGCGUGCUUGCCCACAUGCACAAAUGCACACACACACACACACACACUGGCUCGCACAUGCACACACUGCAAAAUGAGCUAUGUGUGUUUCCAGCCAGUUGAGGAAGGGGAACACAUUUCACUCAGUCAGAUCUUGCAGAUCACCCCCCCCCCCCCAGCUGUGUUCAUCCCCCAAUAACAGACACAGACCUCUCUCUCAUUUCUCUGCCUCCCUUCUCUCCCUCGCUGUGCAGGGGAGGGGGAUUUGAUGUCCAGUCUGAGGGACUCAGGGAGUUAUAUGAGGGUUGAGGGGUGGUUGGGGAGGGGCAGAAGCUGUGGGUAAGACCAGCCCCUGUCUGAUAUCAACAAUGCACCAACGGCUCAACAACUGCCUGAUAUGAGAAAUGGUGAACAGCUGAGACGCUUAACAAGCUCUGUUGAAGCUUGCCUUAGACAAUGCUGGCUGCGAAUCGCUAUCAAACUUAAUCCUUUUUCUCUGGCUGUCACUUCACGUGUCACAUUUUGUUUAUCCUGAGAGAAAGCACUGAUCUGAUAUAUAUAUUUUUUGAACACUGUCAUACACUGAUUGAGACAGAUGUUCAUUGCACAAACGAAUACAGUAUGGCAAUGUAAAUGUGUAAAAUAAUCUGUUGCUGUUCUGAUGUUGUUCCAAUGUAACAUACAGUAUACAGUAUAUUUGUUGAAAAAAAAAAGAUGGUUAUCACAGACACAUUGUACUUUGUGGAUGCAAAUUGUUCCAUGCUUUCCAUGCAGAUACAGAUGCUGUUUGUUAAUUGUCUUCAGAUAUAACCAUGGGCCAAUUGCUGUGACAGCUGUAGCCAAUGUUGUAUGUUCUAAAGCACAGGGUUUAGUUAAAAAAUAUAUAUAUACAUAUAGUGUGACAGUGCAGAUAUGCAAAAGAUUGUAAUGUUUUAUAUUAACCUUCAUAAAAUAUUAAAGUGAGUUUUUACUUUUCUAAUAAAGUGGCACAUUAUAACGUG